AUGGUGCCCGUAUACACGGCAAAUCGACUGCAACGUUGGAAGUUGAUACUUCUCGGAUAUGACUUUGAAAUCGAAUAUCAGAAGACGACAGAGUUUGGACAAGCUGAUGUCUUGUCACGCCUGAUCCCUCCAAGACCGGCUCAGACAGAAGAUAUUCCUCAUACGAACGAGGCCGAAAUCAACUCCGCCCCAGCUGUUGGGCCUUCCACGCUCUUUAGCACGAAGCUGGAUAUUUCUGUCCUUCCUCUCUUUGCUGUUUCGUUACAAGUCCACAAAAAAGGACCACUCUACCACUUCAUUUUGAGACAUCAGCAGAUAUCCUUCUCUCUUUUUUAUUAUCGAGCUAUGUAUAAGUUCCUGAAUAUCUGA